AUGGCCUGUCUCAACGACGACGCGUUCGGCCCCGCCGUGCGCGGGUGCCGCGGCGACUUUGACUUCACGCUGCACUUUGAGCAGGUUUUUUUCACGCUGCUACCGGCGAGUCUUUUUGUGGUAGUCUCGCUCGCGCGAAUGGUGCAUUUGUGGCGGAAGCGGGUCAUGGUUGGGGGAGUGUGGCUACGGUGCGGGAAGAUGAUCGCGAUAUCAACCUACGCCGCGCUGCAGCUCGUCCUUCUCGUCCUCGCCACCACAUCCCCUUCAGAAUGGUUUACCCUCUCCACUGCAGCAUCCUCCCUCGCCCUCGUCGCAGCCCUACUUACUCUCCCGCUCUCCUAUCUCGAACACGCCCGCGCUCCCCGUCCAUCAAUGCUGCUGCACGCCUACCUCACCGUGACGCUCCUCCUCGAUAUUGCCCAGGCGCGCACUGUCUGGCUGGCCGGCUUUUCCCCAACUGAAAUGGCCUACGCGCGGGCAUUUACCGCGGCCGUGGUCGUCAAAGCAGUCAUCCUCUUAUUGGAAGGCCAAUCCAAAACCCGCUGGAUCCGCUGGAUCGACCAGCCCGGCACAUACCAUCACAGCCCUGAAGAGACCAGCGGUCUGUACGGUCUCGGCGCCUACCUCUGGCUCAACGGUCUCCUAGGCCGGGGCUACCGCCGGGUACUGGGCAUGGACGACCUAUUCCCCCUCGACGCCAACCUGCGCGCUGAAGCGCUUUAUGCCCGGCUCGGUCACCAUUUCGAAAACGUCGAGGCCUUCCGCGGUAAGAGGCACGGUUUGGCCCGGGUCCUAGCCCGCGCACUGGCUGUUCCAUUACUAGUGUUACCUGUGGGACCGAGGAUUGCGUACGGCGCGUUUCAGUUUUGUCAGCCCUUUUUAAUCCAGACGCUGUUGCGGUACUUGCAGGGAGGUGGAGAGGGACAGGAUGGGGAAAUGGACCGGAAUAUUGGGUACGGUCUGAUUGGGGCGACCGCGCUAGUGUAUCUGGGCAUUGCCGCAUCGUCGGCGCUGUACUGGUACUUCCAGGAGCGCGCGCUUUACAUGUCACGGGGCCUGCUGGCCACAGCCGUCUUCCGGAAAACGGUAACCUCCCGGCUGCGGGGGUCAUCUGAUUCCGCGGCCUUGACGCUCAUGAGCGCGGACAUUGAACGCAUCAUUGUCGGUGGCAUGAACCUGCACGAGUUGUGGUCCAACUCCAUCCAGGUUGGUCUGGCUUGCUGGCUGCUACAACGUCAAAUCGGAGCGGCCUUUGUAGCCCCGCUAAUCGUUGUGGUUGUGAGUACCGCCGGACUGACCAUGCUCGCGCGGUAUACGGGUCCCCGACAGAAAGUAUGGAUGGCGCGUAUUCAGGAACGCGUGGGGCACACGGCGGGUGUAAUCGCGCAAAUUCGACAUCUCAAAAUGGCUGGGUUGGCGGAGACGGUAGAGAAAGCGGUGGCUGCGGCCGUCGUGGGGUACACGCCACUGUUGAUGGGACCUGUGUUUGCGUUUGCGUUUGCCUCGCGCACGUUGGAUGUUACGACGAUUUUCACGGCGCUGUCGUUUAUUACCCUGCUGGCUGCCCCGUUGAGUUUGCUGUUCCAGACUAUACCCGUGCUAGUGUCGGCGUUUACGUGUCUGGAGCGGAUCCAGGCCUAUCUCGAGGCCGAGGCCAGGGUGGAUUGUCGGGUGUUUGAGCCGACUGAGAAGGAGAAGGACAGUGAGGAUGAGAAAUCCGCGGAGAAAAAACAAAAGCAAGACCGCGUCCGCAUCACCAACGCAACCUUCGCCUGGGACCCAACCAAACCCACCCUGCACGACAUCUCCCUAACCAUCCCCGCAGGCCAGCUUACCCUCGUCAUUGGCCCCGUCGCAUCUGGAAAAUCCACCCUCUGCAAAGCCCUCCUCGGCGAGCUCCCUCUACUCUCGGGCCAAAUCACUCUGUACUCUCCCCCAGACCGCCCCAUCGGCUACGCUCCGCAAACACCCACGCUUUCCAACACCACCAUCCGUUCCACCAUCCUCGGCCCGUCUGCCCUUUUACCAUACAACGACGCCCGUUACAACGCCGUGCUGGACGCCACCCUCCUCCGCCCAGACCUCGCUCUCCUCCCUGCUGGCGACGAAACGAACAUCGGUAGCCAUGGCAUCGCUCUCAGCGGGGGGCAGAAGGCACGUGUGGCCAUGGCACGCGCGCUGUAUCUGGACGCGGAUUUCUGCGUGUUUGAUGAUGUGCUGAGCGGGUUGGAUGCGGAUACCGCCGAGGGGGUGUUUAUGAAUGUUUUUGGGGGCAGAGAUGAACGGGAUGGGAAAGGAGAAGCGAAGGGUCUGUUGCGGCAGAGAGGAGCAACGGCGGUGUUGUGUACACAUGCGGUGCGAUUUCUGCCGUGGGCCGAUUGGGUUGUGGUACUCGGGGCGGAUGGGAGGGUGGUGGAGGAAGGAAAGUUUGAGGAGUUGAAGGGGCGCGAAGGGGGUUAUGUGGCCGGCUUGGGAGUGGAAACUCCUGGAGUCGGGACUCCAAAGACACCCCCUGAACCAACACCCACGACAUCCAGCCCAACCGACACAGCAUCCCCCGAGAUUACCGCCCGGAUGACCGGCGACUGGGCCGUUUACCGACACUACUUCACCCGCAUCCCUCUCUCCAUCCGCCUCGUCUUCCUCCUCUUCGGCAUCACCUGGGGCGGCUUCGCCAACCUCGGCACACUCUGGCUGACCCUCUGGUCCGCCGACGUCGCCUCCUCCUCCCCGACCCACACCAACGCCUACUACACCGGGCUGUACGCGCUCUUCCAAAUCCUCACGCUGGCCUCCCUCGCCAUCCAGGCCUACGUCUGUUUCACCCAUAUGAUCACCUUCUCCGGCGCCCGUAUCCACGCCGAAGCCUUACGCACCGUGCUGCGGGCGCCGCUGGCGUUCUUUUCCAAGACGGAUACCGGCGUGGUGGUGAAUCUGUUUUCUCAGGAUCUGACGCUGGUGGAUGGGCAGCUUCCGCAGGCGGUGUGUAAUGUGGUGUUGACCGUGUUUGAGGUGCUCGGCAUGGCCGCGGUGAUUGCCACGGCAUCGCCGUAUGUUGCGGUCACGUAUCCCGUGUUGGGAGUUGUGUUGUGGGUGUUGCAGCGGUUUUAUUUGAGGACGUCGAGGCAGAUGCGGUUGUUGGAUUUGGAGGCGAAGAGUCCGUUAUACACCCACUUCAUCGACACCCUCCACAGCCUCGCGACAGUCCGCGCUCACAACUGGACCCACCCCUCUCUGACACUGAACAAAUCCCUCCUCGACACCUCCCAACGCCCGGCCUACCUCCUUGCCAUGAUCCAACGCUGGCUCGCCUUCACCUUGCAACUUGUCGUAGCAGUGCUCGCCAUCGCCGUUGUAGCCCUGGCCACGCAAAUCCAUGUCAACACCGCCGGCGGUAACGCGGCUGGCUUCACGGGUGCCAGUCUGGUCACACUCAUGUCUUUUGGCGAAAGUCUGACGACGAUUAUUCGGUUUUAUACGCUAUUGGAAACUUCCAUCGGAGCGGUUAGUAGGUUGAAGGCGUUUAGUGAGACGGUUGCGCCGGAAGAUCAGGAGGGUGAGACGGGCGUGCCGGGGGUGGAGUGGCCGAGAGGAAAGAUUGAGAUUAAGGGGGUGUCGGCAAGUUAUGGAGGACAUAAAUAUGGAGGUGCAAGUGGGAAUGAGAGCGGAAGUGAAGAAGAUGGAGAGAAACAGCUGGUACUGCGGGACUUGAACUUGACGAUUGCCCCCGGGGAGAAAGUGGCUAUCUGCGGGCGGAGCGGGAGCGGCAAAUCCUCCCUGCUCCUCCUCCUCUUGCAUCUCCUUGACCCCUUACCUUCAUCCCCUUCUAACCCCAACCCCAACCCUAACCCUGAGAACCCUAAUCUCAACACCUCAACCACCAUCACCACUGCUCGGCCCAAAGACGAAGACGAGAACACCCCCACCUUCAACAUCGACUCCCUCCCCCUAUCCUCCCUCUCCCGUUCCGCCCUCCGCCAUUCCCUCUUCGCCCUCCCUCAGGACCCAGUCUUCCUACCCCCGGGCACAUCCGUGCGAGACAACCUCGAUCCCGACAGCGAAGCGACAGCGGCCGAAUGCCGCGGAGCGUUGGAGGCUGUUUCGCUUUGGGUGUAUUUCGCGGGUUUGCUAUCCCAAGGGGAAGAAGACGAAGACGUCCUCAAGACCCGCCUCACACCAGACGAGAUGCUCUCCCAAGGCCAAAAGCAGCUCUUCAGUCUCGCGCGCAUGGUCGUGCGUCGACGUGUACGAGCGCGCAGACGAGCGGCCGAGUUUGGCGGAAACACCACCACCACCACCAAUGAAAAAGAGAAAGGACCGGUCCCCACAGACACAGGCAUCCUCCUCUUAGAUGAAGUCAGUUCCAGCGUCGACCAAGACACAGACGAGCAGAUGCAAGCUGUCAUCAGGGCCGAGUUCCGGAAUUACACCAUUGUGAUGGUCAGUCAUCGGCUGGGGAUGGUGAUGGCGUCGUUUGAUCGGGUGGUGGUUAUGGAGGGCGGGCGGAUUGUGGAGGUCGGCGGGCCGCGGGAGUUGGUGGAGAGGGAAGGGGGGAGGUUUAGGGAGUUGUGGAUGGUUGGGCAGAGUUCUUAA